CAUUAGGGUUUGAGGAUUAGGGCAGGAGAGGAGGAGGAAGGGGGUCCGCGAUGGCGGCACGGCGCCUGAUUCGGGCGUUUCGUCCCGCGGCACUUCGAUUCUCCAAUUCCCACUUUCUCAGACCACCGGAGAGCUGCUGCUUUGAUGCGCAAUCCUUGUUCAGAUCGACGAACGCGAUCGCGGUUCAAGCAUGGAAGCCGGCGUCUUUGUCAGUGUCCGGAAUUCGAUGCUUUGCCUCUGGCGAGCCUCCCGCUAUCGUUCUCGGAAUGCCCGCGCUUUCUCCCACUAUGACACAGGGAAACGUUAUACAGUGGAAAAAGAAAGAGGGUGACAAGGUGUCCCCGGGAGAUGUUCUGUGCGUGAUAGAAACUGACAAGGCUACUGUCGAUUUCGAGUCUGUGGAGGAAGGAUUUCUAGCAAAGAUCCUGGUUCCGGGGGGCACAAACAACGUUUCAGUUGGUCAGACAAUCGGAGUUAUGGUAGAGGACUCGUCUGAUAUCGGUAAAGUAUCGAGCAGUGAUUUUGCUGCUCCCCCGGCAGCCAAAAAGGAAGCACAGCCCUCAUCGAAGCCAUCGUCCACAGCACAGCAAGCCAACGUCAAGCCUCCCCCAGCAUCGAACUUGCCGCCGCACAUUGUUCUUGGGAUGCCAGCAUUGUCUCCAACUAUGACGCAAGGAAACAUUGUGGAAUGGAAAAAAAAGGAAAGAGACAAGGUCUCCGCGGGGGAUGUUCUCUGUACAAUAGAAACGGAUAAAGCAACAGUGGAUUUUGAGUCGGUGGAAGAAGGAUAUUUGGCUAAGAUAGCAUCUCCUUCAGGAUCGAAGAAUGUGCCGAUUGGUCAAACUAUCGGAGUCAUGGUCGAGAAUGAAGAAGAUAUUGCGAAAGUAGCUGCUGCUGAUUUUAGUGGUCAGCCCCCUGCCACAAAGACCGAGGGAAAACCACAGGCAGAUGCUUCUAGCAAGGUUUCCGUGAUGUCCAAACCUCCAGCAGCUGCUGGCUCUAAGGCUUUGUCAAGAGUAGGCCCAUCAGUAAGAAGGUUACUUGCUGAAAGCGGGUUGGAUGCUUCAUCCAUAAAUGGUACAGGUCCUCGGGGGGUGGUUUUGAAAGGUGAUGUUUUGGCUGCCAUUAAAGGUGGCACGAAACCUGGGAAACCUCCAAAGGAUGCUAAGUCUCGCCCGUCACCUCCCACGUCUCUGGAUUUUGAAGAUAUACCCACUAGUCAGAUCAGAAGAAUCAUUGCGAAGAGGCUGAUCGAGUCCAAGUUUGGUAUUCCUCACUUCUACAUAUCUGCUGACGCGAUUCUUGAUUCGACAUUGUUGUUAAGAAAGGAGAUGAAAGAGAAACAUGGUGCUGCUGUUUCGGUUAAUGAUUUCGUGAUACGAGCGACGGCUCUUGCGUUAAGAUCCGUGCCCGAAGCAAAUGCUUUUUGGGAUGAGAAGGCUGAAGAGAUUGUUUUCCACAAAACAAUAGAUAUCUCCAUAGCAGUUGCUACUGAUAAGGGCUUGAUUACUCCAAUUGUAAAGAAUGCGGAUUUGAAGACUUUGUCUGCAAUCUCGACGGAGGUGAAAGCUCUUGCCGAAAGAGCAAGAACUGGGAAGCUGAAACCUGAGGAAUUCCAAGGAGGCACGUUCAGUAUCUCGAAUCUUGGAAUGUUCCCCGUGGACAGAUUCUGUGCUAUUAUCAAUCCACCCCAGGCUUGCAUUCUUGCUGUUGGCAAAGGCGAGAAAGUCGUUGUCUGGGAAGACUGUUCGGAAAGCGGAGGAAGGCCACGUACCGUGACCAAGAUGGGCAUGACUUUAUCGGCAGACAACAGAGUUUUUGACACCACAAUCGCUGGUCGGCUGCUAGAGGCUCUCUCAGCCAAUUUGCAGGACCCGGAGAGGAUGCUGCUGUAAAAAUCCUCGUCAGGAAAUUUUUGUUUUUGGAUCACGACGGGGGUGAUGGUGUAAAUUCAAUAAGGAACGUGGUGGCCGGGCUGCCGUGGACAAUUGAGACACGCAAUAAACGGCGGCCACCGCGAUGCGUUCCACGUAUUCUUUGACAAAGCAGCCAUGGGGAAGGUUGAACGAAGAUGGCCUUUUGGAUAUAUAUAUUCACAGGAAAGGCAGAGAAGCACAGGGGUUACAGGACAGAGAAUCAGCAGAGAUGAAGCAGGCAGCAGUACUUCUGGUAGUUCUUCCCGUGAUCUUGGUGCUCUCGCUGUCCAGCAUGGUUCCAUGGACUAAUGCAGCGGGGAAUGCCAGUAUCUCUCCCGAGAGGAACAGGACUUGUGUGAAGUAUGCGAGCGAAGUGGCCGGCUGCAUCGAUUUUUGCAGCUCUCCCGGGGUGGCUUGCUUCGUGAGCUGCUGCACACAGUACAUGAACAAUCCUCUCUCGGCGUCCUGCUUCUGCAACACCGGCUACUCCAGUGACAAGACCUCCAACUUCACUCGAGUCGCGAGAGAAUGUAAGUCGGAGUUUUGUGGGACUGCCUAAGUUCGUUCUUCUCACUCGUCAAAUAAAGCUUACAAACUUUGCAGAGCUUCAAA